AUGCAUAUCAUUCUCACUGGAACCGGCCUGGUCGGCGCCAUCGCGCUGGACGCCAUGCUGAACGAGAGCUCAAUCGACAAGAUCACUAUCAUCAGCCGCAAGCCUGUUCCCCAAGCCGAGGGGCAAACCAAGGUCGAGGUCAUCAUCCAGGAAGACCUCUCUACGUACAGUGAUGAGACAUUGGCGAAGCUCAAGGGCGCACACGGCUGCAUCUGGACAGCGGGGCCUCCUCUGAUGGCCGUAACGCGACAGUGA